UUUGAUCUCGUUGUACUAGAAGUUCGUAAUACUAUUUCUUGCAAUAUUUAUAUCUUAAUGCAUUGAAUAUCACUGUAUAGAAGAUGAUACGCAUUACGCAAAUGCUUAUAUUCUUCGGAAUAAUAUGCUCAAUAUCUGUUAUUGGAAUUUCUUCUUCUACUCAUAAGAGUUUGUCUCAGACAUCGCAGUGUGUACAACCGAUAAAUUAUACCAUUUUUUUAAAAUUACAAAACACUACUCUAUUUGUCAAUUCCACUGUUGUACUACACGUGUCAUGCGUACAACAAUACAUAAGAUUACAAAUCGGACGUUAUUGUAACAUACAAAAAGUGCACGUAGCACCUGCAUUGCUUUAUAACUCUAUGUCACAGUGGGAAGUCAAUAUAUUACAGUCAAAUACUACCACAAAUCCAUUCACUAAUGUGGAUAUUAGUCUCACCAAACAAAGACACACAGGCUUUAAAGGCUUGUUGUUAAAAAAAGAAAACAUAACUCUAAAAUCAGGACAAUACGUGAUAAAUUCGAUAUAUCACUGUAAUUUAGUAAAAAUUGCAAUGAGUUUGAAAUACAUGCAACAAAGUGACUCAACAAAAUUCCUGUUUUUAUCGCGUAUUCCUACUGAAUGGAUAUUUCCAUAUUGGGAAAAUUCAGCUACCAAGGCUAGAUUUACCAUUCGAAUUGAACAUACGAACACAGAUACAGCUCUAAUAAAUAUACCUGAAACGUUUGACAGUACGCUUUAUAAAGUAUUUUCUACCACAUCUUUAAUAUCCACGCAUUCGGUUGCAUUAAUUGUCAUACCAAAUGUAUAUAAGACAACUAUUUUAAGAAAAGAUAACGUUAUUAUUGAAAGCAUCCCUAAAGAUAGCACAUUCUAUGCACNAACUCUUAUGCUUGAUAUCAUCCGACUUCUCAGAAGCAUGUACAAUAUCAUACCACAAUCAUAUGUUCAUUACUUCCUACUUCCAAUAACCGUAAAUCAUUACGAAAAUAUAGUAAUUCCUAGAUUUGUUUUCUUGAGUGAAGUUAACAUUAUAUACGACAGAGAAGUAGAUUCCAUUAUAAAAAAAAGAAAAGCAACAUGUUCGGUAGCACGUACUGCGAUACAAGAAAUAUUUAGUGAUUGGUUAGUUCCGUUUAGACAGUCUGAUCUUUGGUUUAUUGAAGGAUUUUCAACAGUAUACGGAGUUUAUAUUAGCGAUCAG